AUGAGUAAGGACAAGCAAAAGAGAUACGUGAUGUCAUGCGACCCGGCCAACACCCGGCGCCACAUACCUUCCGGGAUAUGUGGUGUUAAAUGUGCUACCGGCCACACUGCUGUGCUCCAACAGGCAGUGGGUGGAAACAAUGCUACUGUGGUCCUAACAAGGUCGGGCUCUCAAGCUCUGACGACACCUAACAUCGCGACGCAUUCCCCUUCACUCAAAAAACCCUUACAAAUUGGAACCUGGAACACACGUGGACUUUUACAUCCUGGCAAAUUGGACACAAUUGUAAAGGAAAUGGACCGUCUAAAGAUUGACAUGCUCGGUCUGAGUGAGACGCACUUGCAGCAAUCGGGGCAUUUUGAUACCGACAACGGUCAUACAGUAUUCUGUUCUGGAAACGGCAACAAAAGCCGUAACGGGGUCGCUUUCAUUCUACCUAGGAGGCUUCAUGGCGCCGUUUUGGCGUAUGAGACUAUAUCGGACAGAAUUAUGUGCAUCAAACUAGACGCUCGACCCUGCAAAUUAAACAUUGUGCAGGUGUACGCUCCUACUUCUAGCUCAACUGAGGAGGAACUAACAACAUUCUAUGGUCGGCUCGAAAAUGUACUGAACAGCAUCCCGAAGCGCGAAAUCACUAUGGUCAUUGGCGACUUCAAUGCUAAGGUGGGAUCUGCAUAUGGUCCCGACUGCAACGAAUUCCUUGGUAAGCAUGGCCUGGGCACAAGAAACGACAGAGGUGAGAGCUUUGUUGAGUUCUGUAUUGGCAAUAACCUGGCAAUUAUGAACACAAUGUUCGAACAACACAAGAGGCGACUUUAUACAUGGACCUCUCCUGACGGUAAGACGCUAAAUCAAAUUGACUAUGUCACCAUACAAACAAGAUGGAAAUCGUCUAUAACCAACGUCAAAACUUACCCAGGUGCUGACUGUGGAAGUGAUCACGAACUUCUUGUGGCCCGCUUUAAGAUUCAUUUAAAAAUGGGCCGGAAAACUCCUAAAUUGUACACCAAAUUAAAUCAACAGGAACUUGUAUGGUUCUCCGCGGCGGUUUCUGCUAAACUAGAGUCAACUGAAGUGGAUCCUUUUGAUGACCCGGAGACAACUUGGUGUACUCUUAAAACAGCUCUUCACUCUGUAAUCAAGACUAUGCCUAAAACAAACACCUGCCAUCGCAAGCCAUGGAUAUCUCCCGAGACAUGGGCCCUAAUUGAAGAACAACGGGCUAUUAAGCAAGAGGGAUUAGUUGACGACGAAAAUGGCCAACCAAUAACAGAAAUAGAUAAAGUCCUGGAGCGUUGGCGUGCCUAUACAGAACAACUUUACAGAGAUGACACUCAGCCUCUGAUUCGACGUUGGGAGUCCCAUGAACUGGAACCUGAUAUACUGCUAGCUGAAGUUGAACAUGCAAUUUCAAGGCUCAAGAAUAACGCGGUGGGCACUGAUCAGAUUCCGGCCAACCUCCUAAAGUCUUUAGGCAGCGUAGGCACAAAACUACUCCACAACAUAUGCCUUAAAGUUUGGAGAACGGGACAAUGGCCCAAGGACUGGGUCGAAUCCAUAGUCAUUCCGCUGCACAAGAAGGGCUCUACGCGUCAAUGUAGCAACUAUCGCACACUUUCGAUCAUCUCGCACGCAAGUAAAAUUAUGCUUCGUGUAAUCAGUGAUCGCCUUUCAUCUUACCUGGAUAGGCAGAUCCCAGCAGAGCAAUCCGGUUUUGUGGCUGGUCGAGGCACACGCGAACAAAUUCUAAACAUUCGCCAAAUCAUAGAAAAGUGCUACGAAUUCAACAAGCCGGUCGUGCUGUGCUUCAUUGACUACUCUAAGGCGUUUGAUUGUGUGAACUGGCAGUCGUUGUUAAGCAUUUUGCUGGAGAUGGGCGUGCCGAAGCAUCUUGCAUUUCUCGUCCAAAAUCUGUACGCGGAUAGUAAUGCCAGGAUUCGUCUAGAAGACUCUUACUCAAAACCUCUACGACCGGAGCGAGGCGUCCGACAGGGCUGUAUUCUCUCGCCCAAACUGUUUAACAUCUACGGCGAACACAUAGUCCGAGCGGCUUUGGAAGGUUGGGAGGGAGGUCUGUCUGUUGGCGGAAGAAAGAUUAAUAAUCUUCGAUACGCGGAUGACACGACACUUGUAGCUUCUAGCGAGGAAGAAAUGGCCGUCUUGUUUGACCGGAUUGAGAGCGAAAGUGCCAAACUUGGCUUGCAAAUUAACAAAUCAAAAACCAAAUUACUAACCGUGGACCGCGAACAAGUUUUGACCAACUGCAUCCGCCUCAACUCGUUAGACCGCGUCAGGGAAUUCAACUAUCUCGGAUCUCUCAUCACUAACGAUGGCAACUGCGAUAGAGAAAUCAUAAGACGUAUCCGGAUUUCAAAAGGUGCCAUGACCAAACUUGAGAAAAUUUGGAAAAACAAAAAUAUUACCAAGCGUACAAAAGUGAGACUUGUCCACGCACUUGUGUUUCCUAUUUUCUUAUACGGCUCCGAAACAUGGACAAUCAAAGCCAACGUAAGAGCACGAAUUGAUGCCUUUGAGAUGUGGAUCUGGCGUAGGAUGCUGCGCAUACCAUGGACAGCCUUCAGACGGAACGAAUCAAUCCUGAAGGAGCUUAAAAUCACUGUGCGCCUAUAUGAUAUCUGCCGAUCCCGCAUGCUAAAAUUCUUUGGGCAUAUAGCACGUAGUGGUCCAGAGUCCCUGGAAAAACUCAUCAUAAUGGGUAAAUUGGAGGGGAAAAGACGAAGGGGCCGUGUUCCUGCAAGAUGGUGUGACCAAACCCAAUCUCAUCUGCAACUCCGUCUGCACGAAGCUAUACACACUGCUGCUGAUAGGAGCACCUGGAGGAAAUUAUCCCGGCCCAGCCUCAUUGCUGACAGUGACUAA